UUAUUCCCAAUUCUCCUUUUUCUUCUCUUUCUCUCUGUUUCAUGGCUUCUUCUUUUACAGGAAGUUUAGAGACCUCAUCACCUAAUUCUCAUCCAUUUUUCAGUUUUUCAAACCAAUUCAUGACUACUACCUUCUCAGAUCUUCUCUCUGCUGAUGAUGACUCUGAAACCCUGAAACGAGAACGAAUUAACAUGAGGCAGGGACUUUCUGAACGUAUCGCUGAUCGAACUGGUGCUGGUGUUCCCAAAUUCAAGUCUUUACAUCCUCCCUCACUACCCCUCUCUCCUCCUGCUCCUUCUCCUUCUUCUUACUUUGCAAUCCCUCCUGGGUUAAGCCCCACCGAGCUCUUGGAUUCACCUUUACUUCACUCCUCUUCCACUCAGAUUCUACCAUCUCCAACAACUGGAACUUUUCCUGGCAACGGAUUCAAUUGGAAGAAUAGCUCUGUUAACUUCCAGCAAGGUGUGAAGCAGGAAGAGACAAAUAACUUCAAUUUCUCUUUCCAACCGCAAUCACGGCCUGCCAUGUCUUCAGGAUCGAUGUUUCAGUCUUCUGCAGCAACAUCUUCUACGGCUGAAACCUUGAAAAGACAACAACAAUCAUGGAAUCAGCAAGAACCCAACAAGCAAACCGAUUUGAAUGCCACCGUGAAAUCUGAGUUCGUCCCACAUAGGAGCUUCUCUCCUGAGAUUUCAUCGAUUCAAACUAAUACCCAAGGGAGUGGAUCCUAUCAAUCUGAAUACAAUCAGUACCCUCAGAACACUAUGUCUGUCAGAGAGCAGAGGAGAUCGGAAGAUGGGUAUAACUGGAGAAAAUAUGGGCAGAAACAGGUGAAAGGGAGUGAAAAUCCAAGAAGUUAUUACAAGUGCACCUACCCAAAUUGUCCAACCAAGAAGAAAUUGGAGAGGUCUUUAGAUGGACACAUUACUGAGAUAGUCUAUAAAGGAAGCCACAACCAUCCCAAGCCUCAGUCCACAAGAAGGAAUUCAGGUUCUUCUCAGUCAAUUCAAGCUUCUGCAGCUCCAACAUCAGAAAUUCCUGAUCAAUCAAUCACUACACACGGUGCGACACAAGCGGAUUCUGUUGCAACUCCAGAUAAUUCUUCAAUCUCAAUGGGGGAUGACGAUUUUGACCAGAGUAAAUCAGGAGGAGAUGAAAUGGAUGAAGAUGAACCUGAGGCCAAACGAUGGAAGAACUAUGGUGACCUUGAGGGUAUCUCAGCUGCUGGGAGUAGAACAGUGAGAGAACCAAGGGUUGUGGUUCAAACUACAAGUGAUAUUGACAUUCUUGAUGAUGGGUACAGAUGGAGGAAAUAUGGGCAGAAAGUUGUGAAGGGGAAUCCUAACCCAAGGAGCUACUACAAGUGUACAUAUGUGGGAUGUCCAGUGAGGAAGCAUGUAGAGAGAGCAUCCCAUGACCUCAGAGCAGUGAUCACUACUUAUGAGGGGAAACACAAUCACGAUGUUCCAGCUGCUCGCGGUAGCGGCGGCCACUCAGUCAAUAGGCCCUUACCUGAUAACAACAACAACAACAACAACAACAACAACAACAACAGCAAUAAUGCAGUAAUGGCUAUAAGGCCUUUGCCCACUAGCAAUGGCUUCAGCAACAAUUCUGCUAACACUCUUCAAAGUUUAAAAGUACCAAAAUCAGAAGGGCAAGCAUCCUUUACUCUAGAAAUGCUGCAAAGCCCAGGUGGUUUUGGGUUCUCAGGGUUUGGGAACCCCAUGAUCUCCUACAUGAGCCAACCAGCAGAAUACAGAGACUGUCUUCCCUAGAGUCAAAAGAACUACCCAGGGAUGAGAUGUUUCUCCAUUCAUUGCUAUCCUGAAGGAACAAAUGAGUCAAGUUAGCAAGACAAUAAGAUAUUGAUUUGUUUGACUAGUUAAAUUUGUUUUACUGUAUAUUUCAUAGAAACUUGAAUGUUGUAAAUCUAUAGACAGAACACGGGAAGUUAGUCUCAUUUGUUCAUUUGUUUUGAGGCCUAGUUUAGACCUAGGAAAAUCAGGCCUCAUUUUACUUUUUGUACUACAACAGUAGAGGUUCAAAGUUCAAACAUAAAUGGAUUGAGAAUUCCUUUA